AUGCUUACCCUGAUCGAGGGCGAGACCCAGGGCGGCGACCUGAUGUCUGAGGAGGACAUCCAGGGCGGCGACCUGAUGUCUGAGGAGGACAACCAGGGCGGCGACCUGAUGUCUGAGGAGGACAACCAGGGCGGCGACCUGAUGUCUGAGGAGGACAUCCAGGGCGACGACCUGAUGUCUGAGGACACCCAGGGCGGCGACCUGAUGUCUGAGGACACCCAGGGUGGCGACCUGAUGUCUGAGGACACCCAGGGCGGCGACCUGAUGUCUGAGGACACCCAGGGUGGCGACCUGAUGUCUGAGGACACCCAGGGCGACGACCUGAUGUCUGAGGACACCCAGGGUGGCGACCUGAUGUCUGAGGACACCCAGGGUGGCGACCUGAUGUCUGAGGACACCCAGGGUGGCGACCUGAUGUCUGAGGACACCCAGGGCGGCGACCUGAUGUCUGAGGACACCCAGGGUGGCGACCUGAUGUCUGAGGACACCCAGGGCGACGACCUGAUGUCUGAGGACACCCAGGGUGGCGACCUGAUGUCUGAGGACACCCAGGGUGGCGACCUGAUGUCUGAGGACACCCAGGGCGACGACCUGAUGUCUGAGGACACCCAGGGUGGCGACAUGAUGUCUGAGGACACCCUGGGCGGCGACCUGAUGUCUGAGGACACCCAGGGUGGCGACCUGAUGUCUGAGGACACCCAGGGUGGCGACCUGAUGUCUGAGGACACCCAGGGCGGCGACCUGAUGUCUGAGGACACCCAGGGCGACGACCUGAUGUCUGAGGACACCCAGGGUGGCGACCUGAUGUCUGAGGACACCCUGGGCGGCGACCUGAUGUCUGAGGACACCCAGGGUGGCGACCUGAUGUCUGAGGACACCCAGGGUGGCGACCUGAUGUCUGAGGACACCCAGGGCGGCGACCUGAUGUCUGAGGACACCCAGGGCGACGACCUGAUGUCUGAGGACACCCAGGGUGGCGACCUGAUGUCUGAGGACACCCAGGGCGACGACCUGAUGUCUGAGGACACCCAGGGUGGCGACCUGAUGUCUGAGGACACCCAGGGCGACGACCUGAUGUCUGAGGACACCCAGGGUGGCGACCUGAUGUCUGAGGACACCCUGGGCGGCGACCUGAUGUCUGAGGACACCCAGGGUGGCGACCUGAUGUCUGAGGACACCCAGGGUGGCGACCUGAUGUCUGAGGACACCCAGGGUGGCGACCUGAUGUCUGAGGACACCCAGAGCGGCGACCUGAUGUCUGAGGACACCCAGGGCGGCGACCUGAUGUCUGAGGACACCCAGGGCGGCGACCUGAUGUCUGAGGACACCCAGGGUGGCGACCUGAUGUCUGAGGACACCCAGGGCGGCGACCUGAUGUCUGAGGACACCCAGGGCGGCGACCCCGUCAUCGAGGACACAGACCACAGCAAUGUAGUAAGGUGUAUUCCCGUCCCCGCCUCUAAACGGUCGUAA